AAUACCACGAGCUACGUCGAUCGUCUCAUCCUCUCGUCCUCAUUGGCUGAGCGCAUCCAGAGGAAGGCCCACCUCAAGAUCGUAGUGUAAAAUUUCCUUCCACGAUAUUUCAAUCUACCACGCAAUUGAAGCAUAAGGACGAAGAAGGUGCUUUAAAAGAGGGGUCAAGAUGGAUGUUUUUAUGAAGGGGUUUUCUAAAGCUAAAGAAGGUAUGGCAGUGGCCGCAGAGAAAACCAAGGAAGGCGUUGCGGUGGCUGCAGAGAAGACCAAGGAAGGCAUGAUGUUUGUGGGUAACAAGACCAAAGACAGCGUUGCAACAGUGGCUGAGAAGACAAAGGAGCAGGCCUCUCACUUCGGAGGAGCUAUGAUGUCUGGAGCUGGAAACAUCGCUGCUGCCACCGGCCUGGUGAAGAAGGACGAGUUCCCCAGUGACUUGAACCCUGAGUUUGGUCAGGAAGCCACCGAGGAGCCAAUGGGAGAAGGUCUCAUGGACCCUGAGAGACAGACAUACGACGACUCUCAGCAGGACAACCAAGAUUAUGAGCCAGAGGCAUAAACAUCACAUUCCAAGUCCAAGUCCAGCCAGCAGCACAAAAAGUUUAUACAAAUAACAAGUACAAGUCUUAAACACAAUAAACCCUGUUGCAAAAAAAAAAAAAAAAAAAA